AUGUCCGGAGCAGCAGCAUCCGCCGGCGCGUCCAAAUUCCAGGCAUUCAUGAACCAUCCCGCAGGCCCAAAGACGGUGUUCUUCUGGGGGCCCAUGAUGAAGUGGUGCUUGGUCGCGGCCGGUAUCAAGGACCUAUCGCGUCCCGCUGAGAAGCUGAGCGUGUCGCAGAAUAUCGCGCUGACGGCCACGGGAUUCAUCUGGGUGCGCUACUCGUUCGUCAUCACACCCGUCAACUACAGUCUCGCUGCGGUCAAUUUCUUCGUCGGAUCGACGGGCCUCGGACAGCUUGGGCGCAUCUGGCAUUACCGCCGCACGCAGCAGGACCCUAUCGCGGACAUGUUCGGGUCCAGUACGGCCACCGCUGGGCUCACCACGCAAAAACCAGGCGCCAUCACCGAGGCGGCCUAG